GAUCCUCCUCCCGCGCCGCCGCCGGAGGAGUCAGCUGUCCUUCGGGAGCAGGGAGCACAAUCUGCUGUGCAAGGGCAAACCCACUUGUAGGAGUUAACAGGGGAACUGAUAUGGGCAACGCACCUAUUUGCCAGUCGUGUCAUUCAGACAAAGGAGUGAGAACGCAAGGGAACAUUCAGGAUUUGGAUAAAACCCCUGACUAUUAUGGAUGCAACAGUGAAGAAAGUAAAGGUCCUGAAGCCCGGUCUGACAGCAAUGCCAGCUUUCUCCGAGCUGCAAGAGCUGGCAAUCUGGACAAAGUAGUGGAAUACCUGAAAAGUGGAAUAGACAUUAACACAUGUAAUCAGAAUGGACUCAAUGCUCUGCACCUGGCUGCUAAAGAAGGGCAUGUGGGACUGGUACAAGAAUUAUUGGAAAGAGGGUCAGCUGUGGAUUCUGCCACUAAGAAAGGGAAUACAGCCCUGCACAUUGCAUCACUAGCAGGACAGGCUGAAGUUGUCAAAGUUCUGGUUAAGGAAGGAGCCAAUAUCAAUGCACAAUCUCAGAAUGGCUUCACUCCUUUAUAUAUGGCAGCUCAAGAGAAUCAUAUUGAAGUGGUGAAAUAUCUCCUGGAAAAUGGAGCCAACCAAAGCACAGCUACUGAGGACGGCUUCACUCCAUUAGCUGUUGCACUGCAGCAAGGACACAAUCAGGCAGUGGCCAUUCUCCUGGAAAAUGACACCAAGGGCAAAGUGAGAUUACCAGCUCUGCAUAUUGCCGCUAGAAAAGAUGAUACCAAAUCAGCCGCGCUCUUACUUCAGAAUGACCAUAAUGCCGAUGUGCAGUCCAAGAUGAUGGUGAAUAGGACGACUGAGAGCGGCUUUACACCAUUGCACAUAGCUGCACACUAUGGAAAUGUCAAUGUGGCAACACUUCUGCUAAACCGAGGAGCUGCAGUGGAUUUCACAGCCAGGAAUGGAAUCACCCCACUGCAUGUGGCUUCCAAAAGGGGAAACACAAACAUGGUGAAGCUCUUGUUGGAUCGUGGAGGGCAGAUCGAUGCCAAAACCAGGGAUGGACUCACCCCUCUCCACUGUGCUGCAAGAAGUGGACAUGACCAAGUUGUGGAGCUGCUUCUGGAACGAGGUGCCCCACUGCUUGCGAGGACCAAGAAUGGACUCUCUCCACUUCACAUGGCGGCCCAGGGUGACCAUGUGGAAUGUGUCAAACAUCUACUGCAGCACAAAGCUCCCGUGGAUGAUGUCACGCUGGAUUACCUGACUGCCCUCCACGUGGCUGCACACUGCGGCCACUAUCGUGUCACCAAACUCCUCCUGGACAAGAGAGCAAAUCCCAAUGCUCGUGCCCUGAAUGGUUUUACUCCACUGCACAUUGCCUGCAAGAAAAAUCGCAUCAAAGUCAUGGAACUCCUGGUGAAAUAUGGGGCUUCAAUCCAGGCUAUAACAGAGUCGGGCCUCACACCAAUACAUGUGGCUGCAUUUAUGGGCCACUUGAACAUAGUCCUCCUUCUGCUGCAGAACGGAGCCUCUCCCGAUGUCACUAACAUUCGUGGAGAGACUGCAUUACACAUGGCAGCACGAGCUGGGCAGGUGGAAGUAGUUCGCUGUCUUCUGAGAAAUGGGGCCCUGGUUGAUGCCCGAGCCAGGGAAGAACAGACUCCACUGCACAUUGCCUCUCGCUUGGGUAAAACGGAGAUCGUCCAGCUUCUGCUACAGCACAUGGCCCACCCUGAUGCUGCAACGACUAACGGAUACACUCCACUGCACAUUUCUGCCAGAGAGGGACAAGUUGAUGUUGCAUCAGUUCUCUUAGAGGCAGGUGCCUCACACUCCAUGUCCACCAAAAAGGGAUUCACGCCUUUACACGUGGCAGCCAAAUAUGGAAGCCUGGAAGUGGCGAAGCUGCUUUUGCAACGCCGUGCAUCUCCUGAUUCGGCUGGCAAGAACGGCCUCGCCCCGCUCCACGUCGCGGCGCACUACGACAACCAGAAGGUGGCGCUGCUGCUGCUCGAGAGGGGCGCCUCCCCGCACGUCACCGCCAAGAAUGGAUAUACCCCUCUGCACAUUGCUGCCAAGAAAAAUCAGAUGCAGAUAGCUACCACUCUAUUGAACUAUGGGGCUGAGACCAACAUUUUGACCAAACAGGGAGUGACCCCACUUCAUUUGGCCUCUCAAGAAGGUCACGCUGACAUGGUGACUUUGCUUUUGGAGAAAGGAUCUAAUAUCCAUGUGGCAACAAAGACUGGACUGACAUCUUUACACCUUGCAGCUCAAGAGGAUAAAGUCAAUGUAGCUGAAAUACUGACAAAGCAUGGUGCAAAUCAAGAUGCACAGACAAAGCUGGGUUAUACACCUUUAAUUGUGGCAUGUCACUAUGGAAACAUCAAAAUGGUGAAUUUCCUCCUCAAGCAGGGAGCGAAUGUUAAUGCUAAAACAAAGAAUGGCUACACCCCUCUUCACCAAGCAGCUCAACAAGGCCAUACUCACAUCAUCAAUGUUCUUCUCCAACACGGAGCCAAGCCCAAUGCCAUCACCACUAAUGGUAACACUGCCUUAGCUAUCGCAAGGCGUCUGGGAUACAUCUCAGUGGUCGAUACGCUGAAGGUUGUAACGGAGGAGAUUACCACCACCACAACUACUGUAACAGAAAAGCACAAGCUAAAUGUACCUGAAACAAUGACCGAGGUCCUGGAUGUUUCAGAUGAAGAAGCAUUUAAACACUCUGAUGAUGAACGCUUCAGUGAUGGGGAAGCAUAUAGUGGCACAGGUGCUGUUAGCAGAAGUUCAUGGAGUGAUGACACAAUGACAGGAGAUGGAGGAGAGUAUCUUAGGCCAGAAGACCUCAAAGAACUAGGAGAUGACUCUUUACCAAGCAGCCAGUUCCUAGAUGGUAUGAACUACCUGAGGUACAGCUUGGAAGGAGGACGAUCUGACAGCCUGCGAUCCUUCAGUUCAGACAGGUCCCACACACUGAGCCAUGGCUCCUACCUGAGGGACAGUGCCAUGAUUGAUGAUACAGUGGUAAUCCCCAGCCAGCAGGUAACGACUCUGGCCAAAGAAGCUGAAAGAAAUUCAUAUCGCUUAAGCUGGGGCCCUGAAAAUUUGGACAAUGUUGCUCUCUCUUCCAGCCCUAUUCAUUCAGGCUGCCUGUCUGCAAAAAAGGAGACUGGAUCCAUGCUAACAAGCUGCUCCUCUCCAUGUCUUGAUCAUGACAACAGCAGUCAAAUAACGUCAUUAUUAUCAGUGAAGAGAACAGUAAUCUUCCUAGUUAGUUUCAUGGUGGAUGCUCGUGGCGGUGCCAUGAGAGGUUGCAGACACAAUGGAUUGCGAAUCAUUAUUCCUCCACGGAAAUGCACUGCUCCAACACGAGUCACUUGCCGGUUGGUCAAACGCCACAGACUGGCCACCAUGCCUCCCAUGGUGGAAGGAGAAGGUCUGGCCAGCCGCCUCAUUGAAGUUGGACCUUCUGGUGCUCAGUUUCUUGGGCCUGUGAUUGUGGAGAUUCCCCAUUUUGCUGCUCUGCGUGGGAGAGAGAGAGAGCUGGUGAUCCUACGCAGUGAGAAUGGGGACAGCUGGAAGGAGCAUUUCUGUGAAUACACUGAGGAUGAGCUGAAUGAAAUUUUGAAUGGGAUGGAUGAAGUACUUGACACUCCAGAGGAGCUUGAGAAGAAGCGUAUCUGCCGCAUUAUCACACGGGAUUUCCCACAGUACUUUGCUGUGGUGUCUCGGAUCAAACAGGAUAGCAACCUUAUUGGACCUGAGGGUGGUGUGCUGAGCAGCACUGUUGUACCACAAGUGCAGGCAGUCUUUCCAGAAGGAGCUCUAACUAAGCGAAUUCGUGUUGGCCUUCAGGCCCAACCUAUGCAUACUGAACUUAUAAAGAAGAUUUUAGGCAAUAAGGCUACCUUCAGUCCUAUAGUCACGCUGGAGCCCAGGAGAAGGAAGUUCCAUAAACCAAUCACGAUGACGAUUCCCAUCCCCAAAGCCUCCAGUGAUGGGAUCAUGAAUGGUUAUGGAGGCGACACACCCACUUUAAGGUUACUAUGCAGCAUAACAGGAGGAACCACCCCUGCCCAGUGGGAAGACAUCACAGGCACAACACCACUGACAUUUGUUAAUGAGUGUGUUUCCUUCACAACAAAUGUGUCUGCCAGAUUUUGGCUGAUUGACUGUCGGCAGACACAAGAAUCGGUAACUUUUGCUUCCCAAGUGUACAGAGAGAUUAUCUGUGUCCCUUACAUGGCCAAAUUUGUGGUGUUUGCCAAAUCACAUGAUCCCAUUGAAGCACGGUUAAGAUGUUUUUGCAUGACAGAUGACAAGGUGGAUAAAACUCUAGAACAACAAGAAAACUUUGCUGAAGUUGCCAGAAGCAGAGAUGUAGAGGUAUUAGAGGGAAAACCCAUCUAUGUUGAUUGCUUUGGCAAUUUGGUGCCAUUAACAAAGAGUGGGCAACAUCAUAUAUUCAGUUUUUUUGCCUUCAAAGAAAACAGACUUCCUCUGUUUGUUAAGGUACGAGAUACCACUCAAGAACCCUGUGGAAGAUUGUCAUUCAUGAAGGAGCCAAAAUCUACAAGAGGCCUCGUUCAUCAAGCCAUAUGUAAUUUAAACAUCACUUUACCUGUUUAUACAAAGGAAUCAGAAUCAGAUCAAGAACAGGAAGAAGAGAUUGAUAUGACUUCAGAAAAAAAUCAACAGGAUGAUCAGGAAAGGACAGAGGAAAGAUUGGCCCACAUAGCUGAUCAUCUUGGAUUCAGCUGGACAGAGUUAGCAAGAGAGCUGGAUUUCACGGAAGAACAAAUUCACCAGAUCCGAAUUGAAAAUCCUAAUUCGCUUCAAGACCAGAGCCAUGCACUCCUGAAAUACUGGCUUGAAAGAGAUGGGAAACAUGCAACAGAUACGAAUCUUACCCAGUGUCUUACAAAAAUCAACCGAAUGGAUAUCGUCCAUCUGAUGGAGACCAGUGGCAUAGACUCCAUGCAGGUUCAUGGCACUCGCACAUACGCAGAAAUUGAACAGACAAUAGGAUUGGACCACAGCGAAGGCUUUUCUGCACUGCAAGAAGAACUGUACAGUCCAAGGCAUAAGAAAGAAGAAGAACACAGACUAUCUAAAGAUGGUGACUCAUCUGAACACCCUCCUAUUGUCUCUGAGGAAGACGUUUCUGUCAGUUAUUCUCCUUUUCAGGACAGUACUCCCAGGAGUGAAACAGAAGUAUCAAUGGCUGAGCUCCUGAAACAAGCACAUAAGGAACAAGUACAAGCUGAAAUCUCAGGGAAACCCCAAAACGUGUCAGAAAAGCCAUUUGCUGCUUCACAACAGGAAUAUUGUGUUACAACUCCAGGAACAGAGCAGGCUACAGCACCAGUAACUGGAAAGGCAGCAGGUAGUGCACGGGAAGAAUCCAAACAUGUCAGUGCAGCAAAGGAAGAGUGUGAAAAACCAUACCCACAGCCCCCGUCAUCUGCUCAGCGAGGCGACUCUCCCAUCGUCCGAGAGCCUGACGACCCCCAGCUCCAUCAGGAUGACCUCCCGUUGAGGAGAACUAGUCUAGUGAUAGUGGAGUCAACUGAUGAACCGCCAGAAAAAUUUGGAAGUGACUAUGAAGAGGAAUCUUUAGAAAAGGAACUAGCAGAGGAAUUAGGUGAGCUGGAGACCAGCUCAGAUGAGGAAGAAAUGGUAACUACCAGGGUUGUUCGCCGCCGAGUGAUCAUUCAGGCUGAUAGUAUGCCUGAAAUACCACCAGAAUCAGUCACAGAAGAGCAAUAUACAGAUGAAUAUGGUCACACAGUGGUAAAGAAGGUCACAAGAAAGAUCAUCCGGCGAUAUGUUUCUCCAGAUGGCAUAGAAAAAGAAGAAGUCAUAAUGCGAGGAACACCACAACAGCCUGUUGAAGUUGAAGAAGGAGAUGGCUAUUCCAAAGUUGUAAAACGGGUUGUGCUGAAGAGCGACAGUGAACAGUCUGAGGUGACCUUGUCUGAACCUGCUGUUUUGUCUAGUGCCUCCAAAUUCCAGUCUGAACCAGUGGAAGGCCGCAAGGUCAGUAAAGUCAUAAAGACCACAGUAGUGCAAGGAGAGAGAAUGGAGAAACACUUGGGGGAUGCAAGCUUAGCUACUGAUCUUCCGUCAGCCAAAGAAGACUUUGAAGAGGCUUUGAGCUAUACAGGUAACCAAACGAAAGUCCAACUCCCUGCUUUAGUAGAGAAAGAAAUCAUGAAAGAGGAUGGAUCAGUUAUUAAAAGGACAACACUGAAUAAAGCCAGCACACAGAAGAGGACUGUGAUGAAGGACCGGUAUGGAAAACACGUUCACAUAGAAGAGCUGGAAGACACACCAGAAGCACUACCACAGGAUGACCUCCAGCAUGACCUCCAGCAGCUUCUUAGGCACUUCUGCAAGGAGGACUGGAAACAUGAAGCAAAGUGAGAAGCUGCCACCCCUCAAAGCAUCACAUAACCACCCAUCCAGUAUGCAGCACUUAUCUUCUCUAGGUGUGACGUGCUUACCUACAUAAUCACUGGAAGACACUGCCAUUUCUACUUGUGCAGAUGCAGCAAAUUCAUUUUAUCCCUGCCCUCAUAUUUGAUUUUGGUUAUUUUUUUUUUACCCUGUCAGCUGAUUUGUGACCAAAGAUAGCAUCCUUCAUUCAGGAUGAUUUAUCCACCGAAUCGUCGUCUUUGUGCUCUACUGGGAAUUUGUCAGCAUCGCCAAUUUUUUUAUUCCUUUGCUUCUGCACUAGCUUCACGAAAUUGCAUUUGUCAAGCUGACUUCAUCUACAGGCCUCUUCAAGUGACUAUGUACAUGCAUCAUUAAAAAAAAUAGCAGGGGGAUGUUAACAUGUAAACUGUAUAUAGCAAGAGUAUUUGGACCUAAAGACUGCAGAGAACACACUGCCUAUGACUACAGUUAGCAUAAUGGAACAAGGUCUAGUGAAACUGCUGAACAGCGAUGAAUAGAAAUAUUGUUAUCGUAUUUGACUGAGAACACAGACCAACUGAGGAAGAAGCACUGCAGAUCUCCUGCAUCCACAGGACUUCCAGUUUAGGGAUCUAUUAUAGUUAAAGGCUCUAAGAGUCAGGCUAAAAACCUGGAAAUUCAGCUGUUUUCAUGGAAGUAGCAGCUGACUGUGGCCCUCAAUACUUUUAAGACCUUUGGACAGCCACCUAAAGAUUUCCAGAAAGAGGAGGGAAAAAAAAAAAAAAAAAGGAAGAAAUAAAAUACCCAAUUAGGUAACCAACUUGCUAGCAGCUAUAUCUAUGGUACAACUGCAUAUGGUAUUAAAAUCUUUUAGAUCUGGACAUGUGGCAGGGUGUAUUAAACAAUUUAACUACGUAGUUUCCUGUUUUCAUCACUGCUUUAGCAAACCACACUGUCUUAUUGAUGGUACUUCCUGCUGGCCACUGCACUGUAGAUAACUAUGGGAGAAAGACCUACCCACUAUACAAAGAGAUUAAUUAAUUAAUUCACCGUGUUUUAUCAAGAUUGCCUCUUACCCGAUACAUGCAUGUGGCAUCUGAAGUCAAAACCAAGCCCUUCUGUAAUCAUGUCAGCUUGUUAGCCCUCUUAGCACUGAGCGAGCAGUUUUUAUCUUUCAAUCAAGUAAGUGUUUUUUAAAGAGAAAGUUGCUCACAAUCCUUGAAAACCAGUUUCUGUUCAUAUUUUGUUAUCUUUAUAUAUAUAUAUGUAUAAUAUAUAUAUUUCUAAACCAACCCUCUGAAAACCAUUAUAGCAUGUCUGCACUUUUAUUUUCAAAAAAGGGAACAUAAAGAUCUGACACUUUUGGUGUUCUAUAUCCUAAUAUUUAUUGGUUGAAGCUCUGUAGUGUUUUAGCAAAUAUGAUGCAUACAUAUACACACUUAAAGUGUUUUUAAUUAGCUAUUUGAUGUUUUUUUUUUUUUUUUUUUUUUUUUUUUUAGUAGUGUACUCAGAAAAAGAAAAGCAGUGGAAAAUAAAUUCUGUCCUAUAGGGGUAAUACUUACCUGGCCUUUGACUUUUUUUUUUUUUUUUUUAAAUGACUCACUCAGUGCUCUGAACAAGGGCACUUUCUUAUUAGUGAUGCCAAAGAGUGAAAACAUCUUGGCUUCUUGCAAGCAAAACAAUGCAAGGCAUCAUGCUAACUCACUUUUGGCAGGCAAAUAGAAAACAGGUGUUUUGGCAGCCAAAAUGAAUGAAAUCCAUAAUGAAACAUUUCAUAAUACAUCAGGGCUUUCUUAUUGUCAAAAGACAGCACGGGAUGAUCUUGAAGAACGAGGCUCUAAAGAAACGCAUUUCUGUUGUGUUAUUUGCGGUGCAGAUGAUGUUCUGUGUAACAACAUAAUGGUUAUUCACCUCUUAUUUUGAUUUUUUGCUGUGUUAUCAAAGAACUUGAAUACUGUGAGAGAAGUGAAUUUUAAGUUGAUGAAUCAGCAUCUUGUUCCCAUGGUGAUAACACUAAUUGAAUAUAUCUAUGAGGGCAUGUAUUAGUUAAAGAUUAAAAAAAAAUACAACACUAACAAUACAUAGCUGCAAUGUGUACAAUGGCUGAUUUAACUAAAUAAAAUGUACAAGUGUUAAAUGUAGCAAUAA